AUGCUUGUUACACCGGGUAAAGAAUGGUGUCGUGACUCAGAUGACGCAUCAACUCUUCCUCGGCCCAAUAUGGAGGAGUCGGGUGAAUCUCAAUCAAAUUUCGAAAUGGAUGAAGAAUGUCGGCGUAUGUUUUACGGUUACUUAGAAACCUCAGUGACUCGGCGAGCACAGUCACCCUUAUCCUCGAAUAAUUCCUCGCUGGAUGAGUCGGAUAACGAAGAUCAACGUUCCUCGUCUCCGCCAAAAAGGUAUGGUCUGGGAUUUGUCCGUCAGAAAGAUAGCCAAUACAAAUAUCUCGGAUUUCGCUGUUAUGAGAGAACAGUUACUGUGCAGCUUUUGGUCCCCGACUCCGGGGAAAAUCCAAUAUAUGAAAUAACCAACCCACCGCCGGAUAAUCAUCGUACGCCCUCACCCACACCCGCGAUAGGGGAAGAGAUCAACACCGAAGAUAUCCAUUCAAUAUCCAACACCUCACACAAACAUGAGGAGGUUCCUACUUCAUCCUCACAUGCUUUCGCACAUUUAGAAGAAGACUCCAGAUCGACCGCAAGUAGUUUUGUGACAGUUUCCGAAGAUCCUAGUUCUGAGUGGUGGACCCAAUGGCAGACGCUGGUUGGUGUUCCUCCAUCAUCACCGCUAUAUAACAUAACCGAACAAGCAAAUCUGUUGCAUAGUGAUGACGUACAAAUUCCAUCGCAAUCCAAUGCUGCCGUCAUAUCGGACGAUCACAGGUCCCCCAACGUGAAGGAAGAUAAAUCAUUACCAGGAACGCCGGGACACGUUGUCGAACUGUCAUCACCAUCGAUGUCUUCCCGAUCGUCAUCCUCAUCCUCAUCAGCCUCGUCGUCUUCAUCAUCAUCCACAAGCCAAACGAUGACACCUCAUCAGCCAACAUUGUGUAGCAGUCAACCUUCCAUCGAUGAAGUGUUUAUACCCAGUAAGGAGAAUAAUAGCACACCAAGUACAAUCAAAUUGCCAGUCACUGAAAUCCCAACUGAGUCAACGCCAUCGUCCUCGACAGACAAUCCCGUGAACGAUAACACAUUUCUCGAACUGCCAAAUUAUCCCGAAACCUACAAAUCCGUAUCGAGAAUUUAA